UGCAGAGGGAAGGGAAACCGCGUCGUUGUUGACAGGUGCAGUGAACAAUCAUGUCUAGCCUUACCCGACGCGGAGAAAUGGAGACUGACAAAGUGGUGUUGUGUGAGAGCCUUGCUAUAUGGCUCCAGACCUUCAACACUGCAGCACCAUGUACAACUGUAGAGGAGCUGACCACUGGAGCUGCCAUUUCUCAGGCCCUGCAUCAGAUAGAUCCAGCGUGGUUCAGUGAGAGUUGGCUUGGUCGCAUUAAAGAAGAUGCUGGGAAUAACUGGAGACUGAAGAUGAACAACCUGAAGAAGAUCCUUCAGAUGAUGGUGGUGGUGGUGGAUUACUACAAUGAGGUCCUGAUCCAGCAGAUCCAGGAGUUCCCCCUGCCAGACCUGGUGAAGGUGGCAGAACACUCAGACCCUAUAGAACUGGGACGACUGCUGCAGCUCACACUGGGCUGUGCUGUCAAAUGUGAACGCAAGCAAGAGUACAUCCAGAUAAUCAUGACUCUGGAGGAGUCCGUACAGCAUGUGGUGAUGACAGCCCUUCAGGAGCUGAUGAGUAAAGAGAACAUGGCCCAGUUUGGAGCAGAGCCACCGGGGGACGUAGAAUCACAGUUGAAGAAGGCUCUCGAGGACCUGGCAGAUCUGAUGGCAGAAAAGGAGGAGCUAGCCCAGCGCUGUCAGGAACUCGACGUACAGGUGACGGUCCUUCAGGAGGAGCGGAACAGCUUAUUAGCUGAGAACGACGUGCUGACGGACCGAGCCAAUCAGCUGGACUCGUUUGAUGACCCGAGCACGCCCUCCAGACGGAAACACAGCCAGCUACAGAUACAGCUAGAGACACUACAGGAGGAGAACUUUAGACUAGAGGCAGCUAAGGAUGACUACCGUAUCCACUGUGAGGAGUUGGAGAAGCAGCUGAUCGAGGUUCAGCAUCGUAACGACGAACUCACCAGCCUGGCAGAGGAGUCACGAGCACUUAAAGAUGAACUCGAUAUCCUCAGGAGCUGUUCGGACCAUGCUGUGAAGCUGGAGGCGUCAGUGGAGAAAUACAGGCGUAAACUGGAGGACCUGGGAGAUCUGAGAAGACAAGUCAAACUGCUGGAAGAGAAGAACAUGACCUACAUGCACAACACUGUCAGUCUGGAGGAGGAGCUACGCAAGGCUAACACUGCCCGUGCACAGCUAGAGACAUACAAGAGACAGGUCCAGGAGCUGUACCGGAAGUUGUCAGAGGAGUCUCGGCGGGCAGACAACCUUGCUUACGAAAAGAAGAAGUUUGAAGAGAAACAUGACGCCGUGAUGAGGGAGAAAGAGAAGAUCAUCAUUGAGCGAGACUCUCUGAAGGAGACCAACGAGGAGUUGCGAUGUAACCAGGCUCAACAGGACCAGCUCCUACAAGCAGGGAUGGCAGGGAUGCCAGCUGGUAGUCCAACCCAUGAUAACCUUGCUGCUGAGAUCCUACCUGUAGAGUACAGGGAGAAGUUUAUCCGGCUCCAGCAUGAGAAUAAGAUGUUGCGUGUGCAGCAGGAGGGAUCAGAGAAUGACAAGAUCUCUGAACUACAGACACUGCUAGAGGUGGCACACAGAACCUGCUCUGAACUGGACACUGACAACAGGUUAAGCAGGGAGAGGGUCACUGAGCUGCAGCAGCAGGUAGAGGAUUUACAGAAAGCCCUACAGGGCCAGGGAGCCAAGACUGAUGACUCUCACCUGAAGAGGAAAUUGGAUGCUCAUAUGGUGCAACUGAACGAGGCGCAGGAUGAGAUCACGAAGAAGAAAGAACUCCUGGAGGACUUGCAGCCAGACAACACACAGACCUUUCUGAGACUGGAUGAGCUGAUGGCUGCUCUGAAGAAGAAGGAUGAUGACAUGAGAGCCAUGGAGGAGAGAUACAAGAUGUACCUGGAGAAAGCACGCAAUGUGAUCUGUGCAUUGGACCCCCAGCUGAACCCUGCCACAGCAGAGAUCCAGGCUCUAAAGAAGCAGCUGACGGACAGAGACAAGAGGAUCCUCAGCCUGGAGAGGGAGUGUGAGCAGGCAAAGCUGAGAGAGUAUGAAGAGAAGCUGAUUGUAACAGCAUGGUACAACAAGAGUCUGAGCUUCCAGAAGCUGGCGAUCGGGGGUCGCUCCACCUCCAUGGUGCCCCCAGGUCAGUCCUUCCUGACCCAGCAGCACCAGGUCACCAACGCUGCCCACAGGAACCUCUCUGUCAGCGUGCCUGCCACCACCACUAAGUAGACCUGGGAUGGGUGACUACUGAGGUGGGCCAGCGUGUGUACAGGCUUCUUUUAUUAAUGUUGAACCAUGAUUAGUUCAAUCAGGUGUGUUAGUGCUGGUCUGGAACAAAGUCCUGCUGACACUGCAGCCCUCUAGGACUGGGAUCUCCUACAUCUGACGUAAACAAACAAAUGGCUCCUCUCUAACUCCUUUCCAGAAAUGUACACUCAAGUGACCUUAAGCACAUUAGUUCUCAGUCCCUGGAGAGGGGACAAGCAUGCACUGACUGACUUGAACAUGAGCACUUACUCAAACCAGGUUCCCUCCUCACUGAUACACCAGACGGUAACAGUUAUACUCCUCACUACAGUUUAGGAUGUUUAUUAUCUCCGGUAAUGAGUUUGGUCUGGCAACCCUACCAACAUGCUUUAUCAGCUUAGCACAUAGCCUAGCACAUAACACUGACUGAGCCCUACAAUAUACCUGUGUUAGCCUAGCUAGCAGCAGGCUCUGACUAGCAGUGAUUCCUAACCUUGACAUAUCCUGACAUGUACACUGAGUGUACAAAACAUUAAGAACACCUUCCAAAUAUUGACUCCUAUGCCUCCCACAGUUGUGUCAAGUUGAUCUGGAUGUCCUUUUGGUGGUGGACCA